AUGGUUCUCGGCCUGGACAAGCGGGCUCUGUGGGGAGCCCUGCCCCUGCUCGGCUUCGCCAUCGGACACUUUCUGGACAAGAAGGAGACGGAACGGAUGACCAUGUUCCGGGACAAGAGCGCUCUGUACGGCCGAUCCGGAGAUGACAAGCCGCCGUCCUGGUAAACCAGCUCAUCGCGGAAACAUCCGUCUAGUGUAAUCCCAUGUUUUCUUUUUUUCUUCCCUGUUGAACAACAAUAAACCGGAGAAAUGUG